AUGGCGAUUGGUCUUCUUCUAUGGCUGUUACUGGCCAAGGGUCUUGCCUUGGAGGGUGCAGAUGCGGUCACAUUUUCUUCCAGGCUCAUUCACCGGUUCUCUGAGGAGGCCAAGGUGCAAUUGGCCUCAAGGGGCAACGGUGCUUCGGUUCAGUCGUGGCCCAAGAGGAGCAGCUCUGAGUAUUUCAGGUUGCUUCUGAACAGCGACUUGACAAGGAAGAGGAUGAAGCUUGGCUCGCAAUAUGAGACUCUGUAUCCUUCGGAGGGUAGCAAGACCUUCUUCUUUGGCAAUGCGUUUGAUUGGUUGCAUUACACUUGGAUUGAUAUAGGGACUCCAAAUGUGUCUUUUCUUGUUGCAUUGGAUACUGGAAGUGAUCUGCUUUGGGUCCCUUGUGACUGCGUAGAAUGUGCUCCCUUGUCUGCUGGUCAUUACAAUGUGUUGGAUAGGGAUCUAAAUCAGUAUAGCCCAUCAUUGUCCAGUACCAGCCGACAUCUACCUUGCAGUCAUCAGUUGUGUGAUCUAAAUUCCAUUUGCAAAGGUCCUAAGGAUCCUUGCCCAUAUCUUGCUCAGUACGUCUCAGAGAAUACCUCAAGUUCUGGAUUUCUUAUUGAAGACAAACUUCAUUUGGCAUCGGAUGGCAGACAUGCUACACAAAAUUCUGUGCAAGCCUCUAUCAUUUUAGGUUGUGGUAGCAAACAAAGUGGUGGCUAUUUAGAUGGAGCUGCUCCUGAUGGUGUUUUGGGGCUAGGACCUGGAAGCAUUUCACUCCCAAGUUUGCUGGCAAAGGCACGACUUAUUCAGAAUUCUUUCUCAAUUUGUUUUAAUGAGAAUGAUUCUGGGAGUAUUCUCUUUGGCGACCAAGGGCAUGCCACCCAACAAUCUACUCCAUUCUUGCCUGUAGAUGGGGAAUUUGUUAAUUAUAUUGUUGGAGUGGAGAGCUUCUGUAUUGGGAGUUUUUGUCCCAAGGAAACUGGAUUUGAAGCACUUAUUGACAGUGGAAGUUCUUUCACAUAUCUUCCCGAUGAAGUUUAUAAAAAUGUUGUAGCGGAGUUUGACAAACAAGUAAAUGCAACCAGGAUUAUCCUGCAACAAUACCCAUGGGAGUACUGCUAUAAUGCCAGUUCACAGGAGUUGAUUAACAUUCCCCUGAUGAAACUCACUUUCUCAAAGAAUCAAACUUUUUUAAUUCAAAAUCCAAUUUUUACAGAUCCUGUCAGUCAGGAUUAUACUGUCCUUUGUUUGACUGUAUACCAGUACGAUGGCGACUACGGCACCAUUGGACAAAACUUCCUGACGGGCUAUCGUGUGGUCUUUGAUAGGGAGAAUCUACGGCUUGGCUGGUCUAGAUCCAAUUGUCAAGGUAACAUGGGAGAUAGAGCAAAUUCCACAUCAACGUCCAGUAGUGGAUCACCAAACCCGUUACCAGCCAAUCAGCAGCAGAGUGUCCCUAAAACACGUGCUGUACCACCUGCUGUUGCUGGACAAACUUCUCCCAAACCCUCUGCAGCGACACUUAGACUUACCUCUGGGCUUUUAUUAAGUUCAUUUUCACUGAUAUGUCACCUUUUUUUCUGGUUAUCUUGUCAAGUCUAUCUAAUCUACUUGUAAAUUUCUCUACUAUCCAAACUCAGACUUUUGUGGGGCGUUUUUACUUUUUCAGUUUUGUAGGCUGUUGUUGUAUCUAUUGGGUUUAGUGGAGAUAUUUUCUUUUUUUCAAUAUAUUCUUUUGGUUU